GCAAGCUCAACCUUUUUACGCAAGAGUCAACUAACGUCAUGAGAGCGGAAUCAUCUGAUUUUCUGUUAUUCCAAUUAAACAAAUUCACCCCGACUUUAAUCCGAACAGUCUCUUUAACAGUUCGAUAUUUACGAACGAAUAUGAGUGUCUAGUGGGCUCGGUAUUUCGCCAACUGUGAACCCGGAAGCGAGCGUCAUACGUAAACGUAAGUGCGUAUGACUGUUGUUAUUUCGUAGAAGAUGGUGUACGUGUCGAAUGGUCAAGUUCUGAACAGCAGGAGCCAGUCACCAUGGCGACUGUCUUUACUGGUCGACCUGUUAUGGGGAGCUGUGGAGUUUUUUGGCCUGUUUUUUAAAACAAUAAUUCACCCUGACCUGACAAAAGAUGGAAUUAGUGGGUCGUCACGUUUUUCUGAUGGCAGAGGUCCUCCGGGUCCCCCUGGCAGUCGAAGGCGGAUUGGAAGAAUAAACUUUGGUGGGGGGCCCAGUCCUCCUCCAAUGGGAGGGGGAGGAUGAGGAAGGUGA